UUUCCAUGGUAGUUAUUGUCUGUGUGUGUGAGCGUGUCCGCCCCCUCACCCGCUCUCUUUGUAGCUGAGACUGGGUGGAGGGAGAGGCACGGAGACACUGGGGCUCUGAUGAGCUGGCUAAGGCCCUCUCAGUAGGGGGGGUCACGCCUCCUGGAACUCAGGGACCCCAAGUUUCUGUGCAUUCAGGGCAGGGCUGGCCUCAUGCCCUGUGCAUAGAGGCCUGGCUGCAUCCCAGUCGAUCAGCCAGAGGCAGCAGCAGUGGACUCAUCAAUUGUGGAGGAAGCCCUGGGGACCCUGGGGACCUUGCCGACUCUAUUCCCAGUCUGCUCCUAGGACAAGCCUCAAAGCCAACACCUGCUCGACCCUCUCCAGGCCCCUCCCCUUCUUUGUCUUUUGCAGAUGAUCGCCGGGUGUCCUCCUUUUCCCCCUAGUCAGGUCCUGCCCCAGUGACCAGGCACUUCCUUCCAUCUGGAGAGUGAGCAGGACCUCCCUCUCUGGCGCCCAGGGAGGCUGGUGGGCUCUUAGAGGGCCAGGCGUGGACGCCGCCGGACCGCUGAGACUCGGAGCACAGUGAAGUACUGGCCGGCGUCUGGCUGGGGCUGGCGCUCGAGAGCCCGAUGGAGGUGGCCAGAGGGGCCGUGGGAGCCGGCGCCGAGUAGCCGGUGGACCCCCGCGCUAGCACCUCUCCCGGCGCCCGGGCGCUCCCCGAGGCUGCCAUGGAGGUGCCUAACGUCAAGGACUUCCAGUGGAAGCGCCUGGCGCCACUGCCCAGCCGCCGGGUCUACUGCUCCCUGCUGGAGACCGGGGGCCAGGUCUAUGCCAUCGGGGGAUGUGACGACAACGGCGUCCCCAUGGACUGCUUCGAGGUCUACUCCCCCGAGGCCGACCAGUGGACCGCCUUGCCCCCGCUGCCCACAGCCCGGGCGGGGGUGGCCGUCACCGCCCUGGGGAAGCGGAUCAUGGUGAUUGGGGGCGUGGGCACCAAUCAGUUGCCCCUGAAGGUCGUGGAGAUGUACAACAUCGAUGAGGGCAAGUGGAAGAAGAGGAGCAUGCUGCGUGAGGCCGCCAUGGGCAUUUCUGUCACGGCCAAAGAUUACCGAGUAUAUGCAGCAGGCGGGAUGGGCCUGGACCUACGUCCACACAGCCACCUCCAACACUAUGACAUGCUCAAGGACAUGUGGGUGUCGCUAGCACCCAUGCCCACCCCGAGAUAUGCUGCCACCUCCUUCCUCCGAGGCUCCAAGAUCUACGUGCUGGGGGGACGACAGUCCAAGUACGCAGUCAACGCUUUCGAGGUCUUUGACAUCGAGACUCGCUCCUGGACCAAGUUUCCCAACAUUCCCUGUAAGCGGGCCUUCUCCAGCUUUGUGACCCUGGACAGCCACUUGUACAGCCUGGGAGGCCUGCGGCAAGGUCGCCUCUACCGGCAGCCCAAGUUCCUGCGGACGAUGGACGUGUUUGACAUGGAACAGGGGGGAUGGCUGAAGAUGGAACGAUCGUUCUUCCUCAAGAAGCGGCGGGCAGACUUUGUGGCUGGCUCUCUGAGUGGACGGGUCAUAGUGGCUGGAGGACUUGGGAAUCAACCCACUGUCUUGGAGACGGCGGAAGCAUUCCACCCAGGGAAGAACAAAUGGGAGAUCCUCCCUGCCAUGCCCACACCCCGCUGUGCCUGCUCCAGCAUAGUCGUCAAGAACUGCCUCCUCGCCGUGGGAGGUGUCAACCAGGGUCUGAGUGACGCAGUGGAGGCCCUGUGUGUCUCUGACUCCUAGCUGUCUCUGGGUCCAGUACCUUUGUGCUGGACCAUAUCACUUCACUCUUGACAUGAGGAAUGAUCUUGUCCAAGCAGUCAGGGCUGCUUCCCAGAAUGUCAGCUCCUGUUAGCAGCCAGUGGAGUCUGGCCUUGGGGCUCUAAGUGACCUCUCUAUAGCUCCAAAUCCUACCAAUCUCAGAAAACUGUAAGAGGCACAGAUGACUCAACCAGCUGCAGAGCUGACUCUGAAGAGAGUCUCCACUUACUGCACAGGCACAGAAAGGCACAGGAAUAUUUCCUACCUCUCCCUCCUGUGAGUCCCACCUCCCCCCACCCCCAUCUCCAGGAGGCAGGUAGAGCAGUUCUGACAGAGAGGAUAAACUGCUGUUGCUGUCUUUCCCCAGCUCUAAACUAGUUUUAAGGUUGCUUAGGAUGAAAAAUGGAGAAUGAUUGGGGGUUCCAAACCCCUUUCUCCUCCCUUGGUUUAUAUCUCUUCACCAUUUGGUGGUCAACUGUGGGCCUACCCUGGACCUCAUCUACUCAGCGAGAAUUGGACAUGAAGCUAGAGGCAGCUGCCUUGGAAGGGAAGUCAGGCUCACUUGGACAGCCCAGGCCAUGGCAGGAAGAAUCCCUUCCUCUUGGGGUCCUUGCUGGGCAUGUGAUGGUGGAGAAGGAGCAGUCUCCCAGCCAUGGGUCUGCUCCCCACAUCUCUCCUAAUUCCACUUCACCUUCUUCCACCCCCUCCCCACCAGAGGCCUAGCCCUUUUGUCACCGAAGGCCCCCAGAGGGUUUCUGUGUGAAACCUUCUCAUUUACACUGUGGCAUCAAAAUCCACAAAAGAUGGAUUAAUUGCACUCUGGUUAAUAGCAGCAGCACAAUGAUUAAAAUCUAUAUUCCUAACUUCUCUAGCACCCUGGUGUGGGGGUGGGGCAGAAGGGUGUCUUGAGGGGCAGGAAGGACCCCAUAAAACAAUCCCUCCGGCAUUCUCAGGCUAAGGAGGGCCCCCAGUGACCACCUGUUCUUGGCUGUCCCCUCUGAAGAGCUCUGCCUUCUCACAGCCACCACCAGUUACCCCACUCCCAGGAAAAUAGCACAUAUUCUUCUUCUCCUGCCUUGAGACUGCAUGUUAAUCUUCCAUUCAGAACUCAUCAGCAGCUCAGUCCUUCUUAUGUCUAGUCUCAGUUCAUUCAGCCAAAGCUCAUUUUUGUCCUAUCCAAAGUAGAAAGGGUUCUUUUAAAAAACUCGAAGAAUGUGCCUCCUCUUAGCAUCUGUUUCUGACUCUCAGUUAUUUUUAAAAUAAAUGAUGAAUAAAAUGCCUGCCCUGAA